AUGCAGUUGCUCGAGUGCGCGCGAUACGGCGCGAGUGGAGGCGAGGGCGUGGUUCACGCGAACGAUGCGCAUCCCGGAAGAGUAGGGACGCUGCUCGACGCGAUCGAUCGGCACGCGCGGGCGGGUUGCGAACGCGCCGGGCUCUUCGUGACGCGAUCGUUUGGACAGGACUUACACUUUCCGUUGUUCGUGUCUGGAGGCGAUCUAAAGCGCGCGCUGAAAAAUAUCUGUGGCAUGGACGACGAUGCGAAGCGACGCGCGGCUUUGCUCGCGAUUGGUGGAUACACGCACGUCUUGGCGGACGUGCCGUGCAGCGGCGACGGAACGAUUCGUAAGGAUGCGGAUGCCUUGGUGCGUUGGCAUCCGGGAAUAGGCAACGCGCUUCAUUCCACGCAGCUCGCCGUCGCGCGACGGUGCGCGCAACUACUCAAGCCCGGCGGUAGCAUGGUGUACUCCACGUGCACGUUCAACCCGAUCGAGGACGAGGCUGUCGUACAGACUCUUUUGAUGGAUCAAGAUUUGUCGCUCGAGCUCGAAGAGCUCGAUUUACCGCUGAAAGGUCGGCCUGGGAUGUAUUCGUGGAAAGUGGGCGAGCACAUCAACGCUUCGAGCGAAGAUGAGGACGUCUCGAUUCAAUGGUUCGCCAGUUUCGACGACGCCGUUCGUAAAAGCUCGAGCGAGUUUGUCAAGACGAUGUGGCCGCUCGAUGCGCCGGCUCACGCAGAGGCGCUCAGGCUCGAGCUAUGCGCGCGAUUUUUGCCACACGAUGACAACACUGUUGAAAAGGAAGAACGAUGA